CAGAACUCAUGCAAUAAAACCGCUCCAGAAAGGCAGUGAUGGGUUGUGUUCUUUCUGGAUUGAAGUGGACUCGGACACCUUCUAAGGACCAUGUCACACCUGAACCCCUUCUACCUACACUGGGCCUAACUCCGCAACAACAGCAGCUGCUUAUAGAGACGUGGGAGCUCAUUAAGCAGGAUAUUGCAAAGGUUGGAGUCAUUGUCUUUAUCAGGCUCUUUGAAACCCACCCUGAAUGCAAGGAUGUGUUUUUUCUCUUUCAUGAUGUGGAUGAUCUGAAAUUGAGUAAGGAAUUACGUGCCCACGGACUAAGGGUCCUAUCUGUUGUGGAGAAGAGUGUAGCCCGGAUAGAAAAUGUAACUCGUCUGGAAGAACUCCUUUUUGAGCUUGGAAGGAGUCAUUACAGAUACAAGGCACCUCCUAGAUAUUAUCAGUACGUGGGGAUGGAGUUUCUAUCUGCCAUUCGCCCAAUUUUGAAAGAAAAAUGGACACCAGAGGUGGAGGAGGUGUGGAAAGUUCUGUUUACGUACAUCUGUGCAGUAAUGAAAGCUGGCUACCAGGAAGAAGAGAAUAAGCAUUAUGACGAGAAGACUCCUACAAUCAAACGACAGGCAAAGAGUCAGGCGACUGCAAUGUAGAAAACAAAGGGAAGUUAGUAUAAGGCAGAGUACCAAUGUUUAUCAUUCCUGGAAGGUUUACAUCAAUCCCCCUCACUGCGCUAAUGUGUCAGGUGUUUAGCCAAUCUUAGUCAGGUUAUCAAGCAUCUCAAUAUAGGUAUCUUAUUCAAUAUUCCUUCAUGUCCAGCAAAUGAA